AUGCCUCCUGUCCGUGGAAAAAGAGGCCCAGAGCUUGACUGCAUUACUCGGGCAAGGAUCUGCGAAUUACAUACUACAAAUGGCUGGGGUGCUACAAUUAUCAAGAAAAAGCGCUUUCCCGAUAUUCCACGCUCAACCAUUCAAUAUACGCUUACCCAAGAAGCAAAACGUCAAAAUCAAGAAAGUCUCCCACGACCAGGCGGCCCUAGGAAGCUAUCAGAAACGGAACGGGAUCAAAUCUAUGACACUUUACAACAAAAUCCGUCAAGUUUAAUUAAGGAUAUCCUCGAAGAUGUUGACUUUAAGGUCCACCGUUCGUCAAUUUGGCGUCUCACUCAUGAAAUGGGCCUUAGAAAGAUGAAGAAAUCAAAGCGUGCUUCUGUAACGCCUGCACACGCUGAGAACCGACAAAGUCGCCAAAGUGAUGCCAAUUGGGAAGCUCUGGGUGCUGCUCAAAGCCAAAAUCCUGAAGCGGUAUCCAAAGAUGUUACGCCUUCCAGACAAUGA